CCGGAGCAGGAGCCAACAUGGCGGCGGAGCGCAAGACGAAGUUGUCCAAGAACCUGCUGCGCAUGAAGAGACUACAUUGGUGAAAGAAAGACCUGACAAGGGACAAAAUUGCAGUCGGAAAGACCAAACAAGAAGCUCUGAUGAUCUGGUUGCCAUGGCAGCGGGAAUGGAGAGAAUUAUAACAGUUGAGAGCCCCUACUAUGCAUCAUUCAUCAUGGUAAAAGUGAGGAAGGAGACAAUCUAGACAAAGUCCCUGCCCUCAAGGUCUCCAGAAGAGGCAGAUGCUCAAGGAAUUAAAAUGUGUUCAUGCAAAGGGGACUGGACUCAGAGACCAAGAGACAACUAGAAGAGGAAGAAAAGAAAAUCAUUAGUGAAGAGCACUGGUACUUGGAUUUGCCAGAGCUUAAAGAAAAGGAGUGUUUCAUAAUAGAAGAGCAGAGCUUCUUGUUAUGUGAAGACCUUCUCUAUGGAAGAAUGUCAUUCAGAGGAUUUAAUCCUGAGGUUGAGAAAUUAAUGCUUCAGAUGAACUCCAAGAACAAAACAGAGGAAGUUGAAGGUGAAACAGUGGAGCUCGAUGUAUCAGAUGAAGAAAUGGCUAGAAGAUAUGAGACCUUGGUGGGGACAAUUGGAAAAAAGUUUGCCAAAAAAAGAGACCGGGUCAACUAUGAAGAAGAUGAAAAUGGACACGUAAAACCAACAGUUAAAGCAAAGAAGAUGUUCUUAAAGCCCCAGGAUUGAAGUGGAUGCUUUAAGACAGAGCUCAGGGGUGCCUCGUGAGGGUUAGUGUAUUGUGGGACUCAUUCUGAUGGCUUCUCUGUAGUUACUCAAACUGUGAUGUUUACAUGUAAAGAGGUGGAUAAUUUUGGAAACAUUCCAUUUUUGAAACAGAUACGUGGUGGAUGUUAUACAUCCUUUGUUUCAUGGUGUUCAUCAAGAAUGGAUUUUUAGCCUUUGAGUUUCAAAUGUACAUAGGGAUGUGGCUGCUUCCUAAAGACUUUUUGACGUAAGAUUUUUUUUUUAAUGGAGCUCUCGUCACUGACCUUGAAUUGGCACAUAUAAAUUAAACCAGUGUUUAAGUUGCCCUUAUGUUUCUAUUUUACUUUAAAUUAUGAAUCAUGCCAAGCCAAUGUAUACAUACAUUCUGGAAUCAAACAUAAUGAGGGUUUAUUGUAUAUAGAUUCAUCAAGAGCAAACAUGCCUCUCCAGCCUACAGUACUUGCAUGCUACCGGGUCAUUGUUGGUUUGUGGAAUUAUUGGUUUUUGUUUAAAGCUUUUACUUAAUAAAAAAAAAUUAUUCUCUAAUAAAUUAAGUUUUCAUAUA